AAGUGGCCAGGCUGAGCUGACUUUUACCCCAGAGGAGGAGUUGCAGUUGCCGGCCAGGGCAGGUCCCAGGGCUGGCAGGGCUGGCCCUUCUGCUUCUCCACCUCCAUUCCUUCCUCCUCUCAUACUCCUCCUUCUCCUCCCUUUAAUCAAACUGCUGUGCAGUGAUGAACUUACAGGCAAAGCCCAUGAACAACACAGGAACAGGAAUGCUUAGAAAAUCCUGCCAACAAAACUUAUCUGCCUCAAGUGAGGGGAACUCCAGAGGCUGAGCCUUCCAUGAGAGAACCUCCACUGCAGAUUAGACUGUCAUCGUUUUGUUUUCUCAUCUAUUUUUUGCUGCGCUCACUGGUUGAGUGUACUGAGAAACUGAGGGGAUUUUUUUAUACACUUUGUUUUUCUCAAUUUUUGCUUUUGUAAACCGCAACAGUGGCAACCUUUUCAGUAGCACGGUGCAAGGACCAGCUCCACUCACCGAAGAUGAGCCGCUGGCUGAAAUGCACCUCCAUGCACUUUAACACAGACUGGAACAAGUAUGAUGAUCGGCUGAUGAAAGCAGUGGAACGUGGCGAGGUGGACAAGGUGGCUGCUGUUCUCAGCAAGAAGGGCAUCAUCCCCACCAAGCUCGAUGUGGAAGGACGCUCUGCGUUUCAUUUGGCUGCAACACGAGGACACCUAGACUGUCUCAGUCUCAUCCUAGGACACACUGUUGAUGUCACUGCGACUGAUGCCACAGGUAAAAAUGCUCUUCAUCUGGCUUCAAGAAAUGGACAGUCUCUCUGUGUGCAGAAACUCCUGCAGCACAACUGUCCAGUCGGAAAUGUGGACCUACAAGGAAGAACAGCUUUACAUGAUGCCGUCAUGGCAGGCUGCUCAUCCAGCGUGAAACUUCUCUGUGACAGCGGGGCUUCUGUGAAUGCCAGUGAUUUUGAUGGCAGGACACCUCUGGUGCUGGCAACCCAGAUGUGUCAUUCACGCAUCUGCCAGCUGCUGCUGGAGCGAGGGGCUGAUAUCACCAUACGGGACAAGCAAAACAAGACAGCGCUGAUUUUGGGAUGUGAAUAUGGCUGUAAGGAUGCAGUGGAAGUGUUGCUGAAAAGUGGCGCUGACAUCAAAGCGGUUGACGGCUUGGGUCACGAUGCAUAUCACUACGCUCGCCUCAGCAAGAACCCGGAGCUUGUCGCGAUGGUCAAAAGUUACCUCGACAAAGCCACCAGAGAUAAAGAGGCUGCAAAGAUGGAACAAUGGAAGCGACAGCAUUCAGUGGAGAGAUCAGAGGCAACUGAGGCUAACAGAAGGGAUCAGAUCAUACAUGACUUGGAGAGGCAGAACGAGACCCUGCAGGAAAGUCUCAGGAAGUACCACCAGGAGCAGAGAACCCUGUUAGAUCAGGUCAACGUGCUACAGCAACAGCUCACACAGGAAAAAAUGGCUGUGGAAGACACUCAGAAAGAGAAGGAACAGUUGAAGGUGUUACUCAGUGCCAAAGAAAGAGAGGAAGGGGCUCGAGGCCUGGAGACUGUCAAGGUCCAGCUUCGAAGUACUUUGGGGGACUACUCUGGGCAGUCUGUUAUCAAAGGCAAAGAAAACAUUUUGGUCAAACAAACUCACAGCUUGGAUUCCGAUCAGAUGCUUCAGAAUCCUGCCAUGUCGCGUUCACUGUCCAGACCUGUAGAGAAGAGUCAGUCAGCUAUAGCCUGGAACCUCUCUGGUGAGCUGGAUGCAGUCCGAUAUGAACUUGAGGCUGUCAAGAGAAAACAACAGGCGGCAGACGAAGAGACGGCGAGGCUUCAAUCUGCCCUGAACCGUAAAAACCGCGAGUGCCAAGAACUGGUUCAGAGCCGUGACACUAUCCAGAAACAGGCUGACCAGCAGGUUCAAGAACUUGAAGACGCCUUGGGAGACGUCCAGAAGAGGAUGCUGGACUCUGAGUGUAAGGUCAAACAGCUGCAAGCCCAUGUAGUCGCUGUUAAGGAACACUUAGGAGGCCAGGCGACAGAAGAACUGCGUGUCCAGCUCCAGGAUAUCAAGGCCAAGUAUGAAGGUGCUUCAGCUGAAGUGGGUCGUGUUCGUAACCGCCUCAAACAGAGCGAGAAGGCCUUGGAGGAGUACAAGUCCAGCGAAAGCCAGCUAGCAGCUGAGGCAGAGAGGCUGAACCAAGAGGUGGGAGCUCUGACUGCAGAACGAGAUGAAAUUGCAGAAACCCUUCUGGAAAUGGAAACCCAGUUGAGGGAGACCCAAACUAAACAUGGCAACACGGUACCAGCUGAGAAAUUUGACAACAUGAAAAACCUGCUGACCAAUGCAGUUGAUGAGAAGGAACGCCAGCUCUCUGAGCUGAGGGAAGACUACGAUCGUGUGCUGGAGGAGGUGGCAGAGCUCCAUCGAAAGCUGGACAGUCCGUCAUCCAAGGGAGGAUCAGGGGCGAUGGCUGUGGAGGAGCAACAGAGGAUACAGGCAGCUCUUGAAGAGCAGAAUGCUUCACUGAAAAGGAAAUUGGUGGAUGUGACUGCCAAAAGCCAGGCUCUAAUUCAUGAGGUUGAGGAGAGUGAGGAGGAAAGAGAUAUACUACGAGACCAGCUGGAUGAGCUUAACAGCAGGUUUGAGACGGACUUUAUACCCAUAAAGGACCAUGAGGAAGCUCGGAGGAACAUGGUAACAGCUUUGGAGGAGUUGGAGGACAAACUGGUAGAGGCCAGUGAACGUUAUGGAAAAGCAGAGGGACAAGUCCAGCAUCUUCAAACCGAGAGGGCCACGCUGCAUGAGAAUAUCAGGAGUCUCCAAAGUGCCAGCGAGAGACACCAGAGUGAAAUGGAUGCUCUGAGGUCUCAGAAUGACGAUCUGAUAAAGAAACUUGAACUGUUGCAGAAGAGAUGUGAAGACCAAGAUAAAGAGUGUGUACAGCUGACCACACAGAGCCAGACUCUGAAAGAGAGCUUGGAGGGCGAGUAUGUUCCCAGACAGCAGCACGAGCAAGUGAAGAUGGAGUUAAGUUCCACCUUAGAGAGUGUUAAAGCUGAGAUGUUGAAGUUGGAGACCAAGGAAAAAGAAAGUGGGGAAGAAUUGAAGAAUGUGAAAGAAGGAAAUGAUAAGUUGAAGGAAGAGUUGAACAAAGUUCUGUUGGAGAUAGAAAAAUACCAUAUAAGCAUAAAAGACCACAAAGUUAUCACGGACAAACUGAAUGCUGCUGUUGUUGAGGCAGAGAAUAGAGCAAAAGAAGUGUCAGUAAUGUAUGUGUUGGCCCAGGAGGAAACCGUAAAGCUUACUCAAGAAUUAGAGGCUCAGAAGAAAGAGCUUGAUACCAUACAGGAAGCUAUUCAGUCGAAGUUCAUCCCACUGACAGCGGCUGAGGAGAAAGAACACUCUUACAGUGCCCAGGUGAAGGAGUUGACAGUCAAGCUGGUGGAAAUGGAAGAUAAGUAUAACAAAGAAAGAUCUGCUAGAGAGAGCAACACACAGGAGAAAGAGAAACUAAAACUUGAGAUUGAAUCUGUUCAACAAAGACUAGACACUGCUUUAGUUACCAGUGAAAAGCACAAGGAAGUGGAGGAAGAGUUCAUGGGUAAAUGUGAGGAAUUGACUCAGAAGUUGGUCAACUUAGAGCAGCAGCACAAGGAGGUUACACUUCAGAAAGCUGAUCUUCAGGACCAGAAUACCCUCUGCAGCACUCAGAUCCAGAAUCUCCAGGAGCGUCUGAAAUCAGAGUUGACUCGAAUAGCAACGUAUGACACUGAGCUUAAAGCCCUCCACGAUGCCAUCCAGCAAACCCAGACCGAUUGCAAGAAAGCAAGAGAGGCUCAGCAGGAGGAGGUCCAGAGGGUUUGUGCCUUAAAGAAAGAACUGCAGGAACGCCACGGGGAUCAGGCUUCUCUGCAACAACAUGUCCAGGCAAGGGAAGCCCUGGAGGCUGAAGUAGCUAAACUUCAAAUGGCUCUCCGUGAAGAGGAGGAGAACAACGCCCAGAGGGCUGAAGAUGUGUCUGCUCUGCAAUCUGAGCUCCUUCAAGCCACACAGGCUCUCGAGGAGAGUCGCUAUAAGGAAGACCAAAUGAACCAGCUGAAGAAGGAGAAGCAGCAGCUGGGGGAGGAGGCUGCCAACCUGAGCAACAAGCUACUGAGCUUAGCAAAAGAGUGUGAAGAGGUCCAUAGGGAGGCUUCUCAAGCAAGGGAGGGUGAGAGCAAUGCUAGGACAGAGAUGGAGGCUGUCCAGGAGAAGGGACGUGGCAUUGAACGAGAAAUUAGAGAGCUGAAAGAGAGAUAUGAUGAGUCGCUCAGCACCAUCUGCGAUCUUCAGAGGAGGAUUCAGGCAUCAGCUCAGCAGACUGAAGCCAAAGACAAGAAGAUCACAGAGUUGCUGACAGACGUCGAGCGAUUAAAGCAGGCUCUGAACGGUCUGUCCCAGCUGGCAUACACGAGCAACGCACCCAAUAAGAGACAGACGCAGCACAUUGACACACUCCAAGCCCAGAUCAAGAGCCUACAGCAACAGCUGGCUGAUGCUGAGAGGCAACACAGGGAGGUGGUUUCAAUUUAUCGAACUCAUCUUCUCAGUGCAGCGCAGGGCCACAUGGAUGAGGACGUCCAGGCCGCCUUACUACAGAUCAUCCGCAUGAGACAGGAGUUUGUGUGUUAAAGUUUCCUCCGACAAAACACAAUGCUAACUGCUGACUCAGAUUCACCAUUUUCACAUCCCCCCUGCUGCAAAGUGUCCCUGCUGUGGCCCCUGUGGGAGCUCAGUGUGUGUUUGUGUGUUUGUCUUUGGGCGGAAUUUGUCAAAACAGGCUGUUCUGAAAUCCACUUUGUUGUAGUGUGGCUGUACUUUGGUUCCCAAAUAUCUAACUCUGUGUUGUGGGUACAGGUGAAUAACUGUAGGUUUUAUUGGUACAAAUGUGAUACUUCAACUUCAAUAGAAACACAGCAAAUGAAAACUCAAAUUUAGUUAAACUGCUAUUCUAUCAUUUCAAGCCAUUGUCCUGUAUCAGACUAACCAGUGAAAUAAUUUUGACUUACUCAUCUACCUACUGUUUAUGCAGAAAUGUUUUUCAGUUGCUGGCACAGUGUGUGAAAAUGCGAUUCCAUACAUUUCUGUCAAAUCUUUCAUAGAUGAUAAAGCAAAUCUCUGCAAUUUCUUCUGUGGAUUUAACCCAUUAUAUUCAGUACUUUGGAAGUUAUUUGAAAUGUGGGUCCCUUUCAUAGAUAACUCAGCUGAAAUGUAAAAUGGACAUGAACACAAAGUACACUUUUCACAUUCCCACCUGACAGUCAGCUCUCAUACACAAUGUUUUCGUAUUUAAUGGCAAUUUUUCGCCAGAAUUGUAAGGGUAGGUUGGCCUUUUUUUUUUUUUUUUCAAGCUGACCUUAAUACAAUACUCACAUGCCUGUACAGUAUGUGCAUUGACUGAGUUAUUGGACGCUAUAAUCGUUCCUCCUGUCCAUAGUGGCAGGGAAGAGAUCCCCUCCUGACAUGGUUUCAGUGCAAUUUUAUCGAAGGAUUAAUGAUGGCGGCCAAUCCAUAGCUGGUAAACUAUCUAACAUCAAAAAGACACAUUACGUCAAAAAGUGUGAAUGUCAAAAGUUUAGGUGGAUUUAUCAAUCUAUAAACAGGGUAAACAGAACAUUACUCUUUCUGUGGCUGUUCACAAGUCUCACAGCUUCUGCAAUAAAAAGCAGACUUCCUCCUAUUUAUUUUACAUACAGGUAAUCUAAAACACAUGUGUACAGGCGUUACCUUAAAGUAGCCAUAGCGGGCAUGUGUAAGGUCCUUGAUAAUCCUAUGCUUUUUUUAGUUGAGGUGAACAACACAUUGCAGUCAUUUCGUGUCCUUUUUGACAUCCUAAGGGAUGCGAACCAGCAAGUAAAUUUAAAAAAAAAAAAAAAAAACUUCCAA